AUGAAAAAGUUGCGCUUGAUCGCUUUGAUUGUGUACCGAAUUCUGAUUACGUCUGCGGUGUUCUGUGCGGCCUUAGUGCUGAUCUACUUAACUGCCAUCGAUCCGAAGGAACGAGUCACCUCCUGUGAACGAGUGUGUAAUGGAGUGGACUGGCCACGAAUAUGUCGUUUUCAAUUGGUGAUACAAAAGCGAAUUAUCUACCCCGAUAAAUUGCCGCAGCCAAAAAGUGUCAACGGGAACUCAACGAUUAACCGAAAGUUCAGUAAAAAGGAAGAACCAAUUGUAUACUACACCGUCAAUGGCCGCUUCGUGGGUCCCACGAUUACCGUCUGUGAGAACGACUUCCUGGUGGUAGAUGUCGAGUGUCAGAUCCCCGGCGAGAGCAUUUCCCUUCACUGGACAGGUCAAAGCCAACGGCGGACACCCUGGGCGGACGGGGUGCCUAUGAUAACUCAGUGUCCCAUCACGAGCUUCACGCGCUUCCAGUACACGUUCCAAACGGAUAAAGCUGGUACCCAUCUCUAUCACGGGUUUUCCGGUGUCGAAAGGACUCGGGGUCUUCUCGGGGCGCUCGUGGUUCGGUCGGCUGGUGAACAACGGAACCACGGAACUAUUCCACCUACGGAGAGUGUCUGGGUUGUUGUGGAAGUGAAUGGUGUACUGACCGUUAAUGGCCAACACCAUUGGCAGGAGACGCUCCCAAGGGCUGCAGCAAGCCUGCGACAUCGUGUUCGACUUGUGUAUGUUUCCAGGUAUCAGUGUCAACAUUGGUUGGAGCUGGAAGAUCACCGGAUGCAAGUGUUGGCCCUCGAUGGGAAUUUGCUUGAACCGAAAAUGGUUAAACGCGUCCUACUUCACGAUGGCAUACGCGUGGAUCUGGCCAUCAUCCUCGAGCAAGUCCCAAAAAGAGUUAAGUCCAAUUUCGAAAUACGCUUCACUUCGAUGAACGACAAUGGCGACGGUGGCGGACAAACGUGCAGUCAAGAACAGUCGGUCUUUCGGUUCCAGUAUGAGCCCUCCCGUACGGUUGACGAUGAUUCAGAUGCUCUAUACAUCGCAUCUCUGCCACCAACCAACAAAAAUGAGUUGGAUCUUGGUGGUGGACUUUGUGACGUUCAGGAACCGCAAAGAGUCCUCUGUCUACGAGAUCUUCGAGCACUCCUAAAGGACCAGUUUCCAAAGGAGUUCCAUUCGUACGACACUCGACUAGAGUUCACCAUUAGUUCGCAGGUGGUCGAGGAACUAGGUCCCUUGGAAGAUGACACCUAUUACGAAGUCGUGCGUUCCGUGAACGGAUUCACAUUCGCCUUUCCAUCGGUGAUGAUGCUACGUGAACCGGUCAGCGCCGAGCUAAGAUCGCACACUUGCGGUCAUCGGCGGAUGCCAAGAAAGUGUCACCCGUUGAUGGACCGGUGCGAGUGCGUUCACGUCGCGCAUCUCGAAACAGGUCACCGGGUGGAAAUGGUUCUAAUUAAUACCGAUCCUUCGACCGAUUACGUCUACCAUCUUCACGGACACACAUUUUUUGUGGUUGGAAUCGGUGAAAGGUCGGCUGAGCUGAGACAGAGUGUUUCGCUCAACCUCGACAGACCAAUCGGUCGAGACACAAUCGUUGUGCGACGAGACACGGUAGUUAUCGUUAGGUUUGUGGCCAAAAAUGCCGGACUCUGGUUGCUUCGGGACAUCGGAUCGGAACGUUGGACCCGCGGGCUUGACGUUGUGCUGAACGUCAGCACCCGCCACCAGACAGCGCUCGCCUUGCCGGUCAACUUUCCUACCUGUCGUCAUUUUGUGGGGCCGCGGUAUUUUUUAAUCUGA